AUGCCUCCGAGUUCGAGUAAUGGUGCUCUGAACGGGGUUCCAAACGGUGGCGUUUGUUCGUCGGUUUCACUUGAAGGAACACAGUUCUUAGCUAACGGCCAUCCGUUUCUCACUCAUGUCCCUCUCAACAUCAUAUCCGCACCCGCCCCGUUCCACUCCAAAGACUUGACCCGGAACAUAAUCGGAUCCUUUGUUGGAUUUGACGCCGACAAACCGAGAAGCCGCCACGUGGCUCCCAUUGGAAAAUUGAGAAGCAUCGCCUUCAUGAGCAUCUUCAGAUUCAAGGUGUGGUGGUCGACAAACUGGAUUGGAAACAAUGGAAAAGAUAUGGAGUAUGAAACCCAGAUGAUGUUACUUGACAAGUCGGAUCUCGGGCGCCCGUAUGUUCUGCUACUUCCACUCCUCGAAGGACCAUUUGGAGCCUCCCUCCAGCCUGGCAACGAUGAUGACGUGGAUAUCUGCAUGGACAGUGGGUCCAAUCUUUCGGUGAGAUCCACGUUCAGAAGCUGUGUGUACAUCCACGUCGGCACCAACCCUUAUCAGAUGGUUAAGGACGCCAUCCGGGUGAUCAAGAACCAUUUAGGGACCUUCAAUCUUCUCGAAGAUAAAACUGUGCCGGMUGUGGUGGACACAUUUGGAUGGUGCACUUGGGAUGCCUUUUACUUGAAGGUACACCCUCAAGGCAUAAGGGAAGGCGUACAAGGACUAGCCGCAGGUGGGUGUCCGCCGGGGCUUGUCCUCAUAGACGACGGAUGGCAGUCCAUCAGUUGCACCGACAAUCCCGACGACCAGCAAGAAGGUAUGAAUUACACCGUCGCCGGAGAACAAAUGCCAUGCAGGUUGCUAAAAUUCGAAGAGAAUUAUAAAUUUAGGGAUUACCAGAGUAAAAGGGUGCCCUACAAGAAGGGUAUGGGUGCCUUUGUGAGCGACCUAAAGGAGGAAUUCAAGAGCAUAGAACAUGUGUACGUGUGGCAUACUUUAUGUGGUUAUUGGAGUGGUUUACGAGAGAAUUUUCCGGGGAUGUCGCCGGAGAAUUGUGAAGUAGUUGAGCCUAGGAUGAUGAGAGAGGGUUUGCAGACGACGAUGGAGGAUUUGGCGGUUGAUCAGAUCGCAAGGCACGGUGUUGGGGUGGUGUCGCCGGAUAAAGUUGGCGAUAUGUAUGAAGGGUUGCACUCGCAUCUUGAAGCGACGGGAAUCGACGGUGCCAAAGUUGACGUCAUUCAAGUCUUGGAAAUGUUGGGGGCGAAAUUUGGGGGAAGGAUUAUGCUUGCGAAAGCUUAUUACAAAGCUUUAACCGCAUCAAUGAAGAAACAUCUUAAAGGCAAUUGUGUGAUUGCUAGCAUGGAGCAUUGCAACGAUUUCAUGUAUCUCGGAACCGAAGCCAUUGCGCUUGGACGCGUAGGAGAUGAUUUCUGGUGUACCGAUCCAAAUGUGGAACACUGGCUGCAAGGUUUACAUAUGGUACAUUGUGCCUACAAUAGUUUAUGGAUGGGGAAUAUCAUUCAACCCGACUGGGACAUGUUCCAAUCGACUCAUCCGUCUGCUGAAUUCCAUGCUGCGUCUCGAGCAAUCUCUGGUGGACCCAUUUAUGUUAGCGACUCUGUCGGCCACCAUGACUUUGUUUUACUUAGGAAGCUGGUGCUUCCGGAUGGAUCAAUUUUACGGUGUCGAUCUUAUGCUCUUCCAACCAGAGACUCGUUGUUUGUGAACCCUUCACAUGAUGGAAAGUCCAUGCUCAAGAUCUGGAAUCUCAACAAAUUCACCGGAGUUCUGGGGGCGUUUAAUUGUCAAGGAGGAGGAUGGUGCAGUAAGUCAAGGCAGAACAAGAUCGUUUUCAAGGCUAAAUGCAUGGUAACCUGUUUGGUGAGCCCGAAGGACAUCGAGUGGAGCAACGGAAGUGGGAAGAAUUCGGUUCCAAUAAAAGGAGUCGGUGUAUUUGCUGUGUAUAUGCACAGACAGAAAACUUUGAAGCUUUUAAAGGGUACGGAGAGUUUGGAGAUUAGUCUACCACCGUUCAACUAUGAGCUGCUUACGGUGUCACCGGUGAAGGUUGUGGGGACAAAAGCGGUGGAGUUUGCUCCGAUCGGGUUGGUGAACAUGAUGAAUUCCGGUGGUGCCAUCGAGUGGCUGAACUAUGAUGGUGAAAAUGUGGUGGAGGUUGGAGUUAGAGGGUGCGGGAAGAUGGUGGUUUAUGCAUCGGAAAAGCCGAGGGCUUGUUUGGUGAACGGAGUUGGUAUAGACUUCGGUUAUAAUGGACGUAUGGUGAUUGUUGAUGUGGCAUGGCUCGGCUCGCGGGGUUUGUCCGAGUUGAAAUACAUGUUUUAA